GGAAGUAUAAGGGACUCCGCGAGGAGAAAGUUUCGAAUGCUUCCGGAAGUGUGGCCGCGGUCUCUGGAAAAGCCACCAACUCCCAAAAAAGGGACGCUGUAACCAAACCCCCCUCUGAGGGCGGUAGCAGUCUGCCGACGAAGAAAGCUGCUACCCUGUCCGCUGUUGGAGACAACAAGCCGUCGCAAUCACUGAGGCCCAAGGUGCCGAAGACCGCGAGGCCAGUGUUCCCACGGCUGGACGGGGAGAAGGCCUCGACGUCGGCAGCUGCUAUUGCCUCCGGUGGUAAGGGACCGGUUGCACGCACUCCGAAGAGACAACUGUCUGGCGACAAGAAGACAUAGCCUGAGCAGAAGCGGGUGAAAACUUCAUCGACCUUAUGCUCAGCACCAGAGCUCCAGGUAGUAAUCAUAGACCGGAAUCACCCGGAAGGCAAGAUUCCGACGGAAAAAUGGUUGCUCUUGGAAGAAAAGAUUAUGAGGGCACUACUUGGCGAAAUGCAGCGUACCAAAAACAACAACAUUGGUAGGUUUGAUGCCAAGUGGCAGAAGGGAGUCAAAGUUGUUGGAUGCGGUAACAAGGAGUCGUUAGACUUCCUAACAAACUGAGUCCGCAACCAAGAUGAACUUUGGGCCAACGCACGACUAAAAGUGGUUCCGCUCUCAGAGGUGCCAUCCCGUACGACAGUGCGAGUUGUAAGAUAUGGCAUCGGUCACCUUAGGGUGAUCAUCCCCGAUGCUGAAAGAGAAUCCGAAAAGCCUAAAGGUGGUGCAGAUUAAUCUUCAUCACUGCAGGGCAGCAUCGGAGGAUCUGCUGCUCUUCAUGGGUGAGGAAGAUGUGUACGUGGCCCUAAUACAAGAACCCUGGCUAGUGGCGGGGAGGGUCACAGGUCUAUCCACUAGCGACUUUCUACUUCUCACCCCACAGACCGAAGGUAAAAUUAGAAGCUGUAUUCUGGUUAAGAAAAGCACUAAUAUUCUCUUUCUUCCCCAAUUUAGCGAUUCGCACAUGACAGUGGCAAUGUUGGUGCAGAGGGGAGCACCCGACCUCAUCCUCUCAUCUUUAUACAUGCCAUACGAUGUACCCGAUCCCCCGUCAAUAUCCUUCAGGAAACUCACCGCCUGGGCGGAGCAAUGAAGGAUCAAUAUGGUGGCUGGCUAUGACGCCAACGCUUACCACACGGCGUGGAACAGCUCGAACAUCAGCGAUAGAGGCGAGUCACUCUUUAGUUACUUAUUAUCCACAAAACUUACUAUCUGUAACAAGGGUAAUCAACCCACUUUCUACAAUAGAAUAAGGGAGGAGGUUUUAGAUAUAACUCUUGUAACUAACUCGAACAAUGUUAGGGUUGACGGCUGGCACGUCGCGACAAAAUGAUCAUUUUCUCAUCAUUGUCGCAUCGUAUUCUCCAUUAACCUAAGCUGACCGACACUAAAACCUUAUCGAAAUACUCGUAGGAAAAUUGAAACAAAUUCAGCCAGUUCAUGUCUGGAGCGAGUCCACCGUACACGGUGGACCCAAUUUCAGCGGACCAACUGGAGGGAGCGGUCCUCUGUCUAACGAAGUCUCUCAACGAAUGUUACAUAACAACCUGUCCCGAGAGCAAACCUAAGCGACACCCAAGGUGGUGGAAGGCCGAUUUAAGGCGGCUCAGGAUAGCAGCUAGGAAAGCUUUCAAUAAAGCGAAGUUCACUAAGAACGCGGAGGACUGGGACGAAUAUCGUCGCAACUUCAAUGCGUUCAAGAAAGAGAUAAAGAAAGCAAAGAAGGUUUCGUGGUCCAAAUUUUGCGAGGACCUCGAAACGACUACUGAUGCCGCGCGACUAAGAAGGUACCUCUCGAAAAACCCGGCUCCUCCUGGUUUUCUUAAAACGCCAGGAGGAGGGCACACCGAAAGCAGCCUUGAAACACUGGAACACCUUAUGAACGUCCACUUCCCUGGCUGCGGUGACGCAGGGGACACAGAAACUCCUGUGACAGAACACCCUAGUACCCACAGGCAAGGCAGUCCAGUGGACGAAAUCAUCACUACAGACAAAGUAGCUUGGGCUAUCAGAUGCUUCCAACUCUACAAAUCUCCGGGAGGGGAUGGGAUCUUUCCAGCCGUGCUACAACGAUCUGCAGAUCACGCGACGCCUUACUCCUGCGAGGCUCAGCAUGCCUACCGAACGCUUGAAACAGCCCUGCACGAGGUUGUUGGGAGUAUAGAACACGCACUGAAUCACAAGGAAUAUGCGCUGGCAGCCUUCCUGGACGUGGAGGGCGCCUUUAACAAUGUUAAUUUGGCAUCCAUACACUGCUCCAUGGUGGCUGUGGGACUGGACCCAUUGAUCACUCUCUGGAUCGACAAUAUGUUGAGCACCAGAAACAUCAAUGGCUCCUUGGGAACAUCAGAAGUAAAGAAAACAGCCACACGGGGCACACCUCAAGGGGGGUGCUAUCCCCCCUACUGUGGAACCUCGUGCUAAACGAAUUCCUGCUUCGUACAUCGAAAGCCGCUAAGGUCGUUGCAAUUAACGAUCUGUCAGGGUGGGCAGAAAGAAACGGCCUAGGGGCCAAUCCCACUAAAACCGAACUUGUUCUCUUCACCAAGCGAUAUAAAAUAGACAAUUUCCGACCUCCGUCCCUCAAUGGAGCAAAUCUCAAAUUGUCAAAAGAAGCAAAGUUUUUGGAGGUUAUUCUCGAAUCUAAGCUUUCCUGGAAAAGGAACACCGAAGAGCGGAGAAAGAAGGCGCUCUACUCCUGCAAAGCUACUGUUAGAAAAUACUGGGGUCUGCGACCGCAGAUAAUACCGUGGAUUUAUACGGCGGUAGUUAGUCCUAUCCUCACCUAUGGCGCGCUGGUAUGGUGGAAGGCGGUUGACACCAAAUCCCAUCUACUCAACUUGCAAAAGGUGCAACGACAAUCAUGCUUAUGCAUAACGGGGGCGAUUUAUUAAACGCCCCAGGCAUCUCUAGAGACCCUGCUGGAUAUUCCACCUAUAGACCUAUAUGUUAAAAGUAUCGCAGCUAAAAGCGCUCUACGACUCAGAGCGUCUAACAGGCUGCGAACAACUUGCAAAGGUCAGCCCACAAUCCUCGGCAGAGUGGGGGUGGAAUACAGCCGCUGUGACCAUCAGGUCACGGAAAUUGACUUCAAUCGAAACUUCUAUAUCCUUUUUCCUGACAGAAGUGACUGGGAAUUUAAUAUUGCUCUCAGCGAUGACGAAAUACCCAUCUUCACGGACGGCUCCAAAAUGGAUAUCGGAACAGGGUCUGGGGUCUUCUCUCAGGAGUUAUCUAUGAGGGAGUCGUAUAGACUCCUAUACCACUGCAGUGUUUUUCAGGCUGAGAUAUAUGCAAUCCAUAUGGCGGCAAGGUUGGUGGGUAAACCUUCACACCUGCAGGGUAUCGCGAUCACUCUGGCCACGGCUCGAUGAACGAAGAACAAGGAGUCUAUUAAGGCUUUCAAAGUCAAACGCCAGGCUUCUCACAGGAAUACUAACGGGACACUGGACCAUUGGCCACAUGGCCGCCAGGUUCGGAGCCCCGCAUAAUGAUUUCUGUAGAAGCUGCAGGGAUGAGGAGGAGUUAGAAUCCGCCAAGCACUUCCUUGGCGAGUGUCCAGCACUUCGAGGAAAACGCCUCAAGUUUCUUGGGGACCACUUCUUCGAGAAUCUGGAUAUCUUGAGGAAAGCUCCUCUGGAAGGACGGCUAGGAUUCGCCAGAAAAUCAAAAAGGGUUCGAAGACAUGUAGGGAUAGGCUUGGGGUAACCCCCAUGGGCAUCACAAUGGGCCUCUGCGGCCUCCGAAUGAACUCUUUCAGAGCUGCCCGUUUAACCUAACCUAACCUAUGUGAUGGAAAAAUGGAAAAAGCAACAAUGUGUAAGCGGUAAAAGUUAUAGCUGCUAUUUCGGAGAUCACCACAUCUCAUCAUACUUCUCUUUCUAGACGUCAGCACGGAUCAGUACA